UGUUUACAAAAUCCACAGUGUGUCACUACCUAUCUGCUUUGCGUAGGAAUCCAGGGUAGCCCGGUAGACUUUUAGUCUACAUGAUGUUAUAAACUACCAACGAAACGAUAAAGUUAAAAUCUUGAAAUAGACACUAAGAUGCGUUUUAAACCGCCAAAAUAUCUAAUAGGCCUUACAGCCUUCGGUUCAUUUGUUGGAGGUGUUACUUUGUUCAAGGAAGUUCUGGGUGGCAGUAACUUCAGUGGACAGGAAAGAUUGGAUGGCAAAACUGUAAUUGUUACUGGCGCAAACACAGGUAUUGGAAAAGAGACAGCAAGAGAGAUGGCAAAACGAGGUGCCAAAGUAAUUCUAGCAUGCCGAGAUAUGGACAAAUGUGCUGAGGCAAGAAAAGACAUUGCUUGGGAUACCCAGAACAAAUUAGUACGAUGCAUGAAAUGUGACUUAGCAUCACAAGACUCUAUCAGGGAGUUUGUGCAAAAUUUUAAUGCAAAAGAAGAGAGAUUGGACAUUCUUAUCAAUAAUGCUGGAGUAAUGCGAUGCCCAAAGUCCUUUACUGAAGAAGGUAUUGAACUGCAGCUAGGUACUAAUCACAUGGGUCAUUUCCUCCUCACAAACCUCCUCUUGAGUAAAAUAAAGGACUCAGCACCCAGUCGUAUUAUAAAUGUGUCAAGUGUGGCACAUAUGAGAGGGAGAAUUAACUUCAGUGACUUAAACAGCAAAAAAAACUAUGAUGAAGGGGAAGCAUAUGCUCAAAGCAAGCUUGCUAACAUUUUGUUUACUAGAGAACUUUCAGAGAGACUAGCUGGAUCAGGUGUCACAUGCAAUGCUGUACAUCCAGGACUUGUUCUCACUGAGAUUGGGAGACAUAUGGGUAUAGACAAGAGUUGGAUGGCAAGUCUAAUUUUGAAACCAUUUCUAUGGUUGUUUUUAAAAACGCCACGUCAAGGUGCUCAGACUACGAUAUACACUGCUUUGAGUUCUGAUCUUGAAGGUGUAUCUGGGAAAUACUUCAGUAACCAAGCUGAAGUCAGUGUGGCUGAAGCAGCAUUAGACAAGGAGGCAGCCCAGAGGCUAUGGGCAAUCAGUGAACAUUGGACAAAACUCAAUACGUAAAUCACACAAAAUAUGUUUUCUUAAGUUUGUACAGAAAUGUUAAUAGUUUGAUAUUAAAACUGUUAUUAAA